GUUAGUUCUUGUGUCUUAGUGUGGAAAUCCGGGAGGGGGUCAGAAGGAAGGCUCUCCGUUAUAGGUUCAGCAGAAGUGGAGGAAAGUUGUGCCGAGUUUUUACGACAGGAUUUGACUAGGUCCUGUCAGGGUGAUAAAAUACACCUUCUCCUGGGGGGGAGGUAAAAUACCUUGGCAGCCGCCGGCCGCAGAAUGGAGCAGGCAGCACCUAAAAGCAAGCUAAAAAAGCUGAGUGAAGACAGCUUGACUAAGCAGCCCGAAGAAGUCUUUGAUGUCUUGGAGAAGCUUGGCGAAGGGUCUUAUGGCAGCGUUUUCAAAGCAAUACACAAGGAAUCUGGGCAGGUUGUGGCAAUUAAGCAAGUCCCUGUUGAAUCGGACCUACAGGAAAUAAUCAAAGAAAUUUCUAUAAUGCAACAGUGUGACAGCCCAUAUGUUGUCAAGUACUAUGGCAGCUAUUUUAAGAACACAGACCUGUGGAUUGUUAUGGAAUACUGUGGAGCUGGUUCUGUCUCGGACAUAAUUAGAUUGCGGAAUAAAACACUCACAGAAGAUGAAAUUGCAACCAUUCUUAAAUCCACGCUUAAAGGACUUGAAUAUUUGCACUUCAUGAGAAAAAUUCAUAGAGAUAUUAAGGCCGGAAACAUCCUCCUAAACACAGAAGGGCAUGCCAAAUUAGCUGACUUCGGAGUGGCUGGACAGUUAACUGAUACAAUGGCAAAACGCAAUACCGUCAUAGGUACUCCUUUUUGGAUGGCUCCAGAAGUAAUACAGGAGAUUGGCUAUAAUUGUGUGGCAGACAUUUGGUCCCUUGGCAUUACUUCAAUAGAGAUGGCUGAAGGAAAACCACCCUAUGCUGAUAUCCAUCCAAUGCGGGCAAUUUUUAUGAUUCCUACGAAUCCCCCUCCAACGUUCCGGAAGCCAGAGCUGUGGUCUGAUGAAUUCACUGAUUUUGUGAAAAAAUGUCUAGUGAAGAACCCUGAGCAGAGAGCUACUGCAACACAACUUCUGCAGCAUCCUUUUAUUAAGAAUGCCAAACCAGUUUCCAUUUUAAGAGACCUGAUUACUGAAGCUAUGGAAAUCAAGGCAAAGAGGCAUGAAGAGCAGCAGAGGGAACUGGAAGAAGAGGAUGAAAAUUCGGAUGAAGAUGAGCUGGAUUCUCAUACCAUGGUGAAGAGUAGUUCAGAAAGUGCAGGCACAAUGAGGGCCACGAGUACUAUGAGUGACAGUGCUCAAACAAUGAUCGAACAUAACAGCACCAUGCUGGAAUCAGACUUGGGGACCAUGGUGAUAAACAGCGAUGAUGAUGAUGACGAUGAUGAAGAUGGCACUAUGAAAAGAAAUGCUACAUCACCACAAGCACAGCGGCCUUCUUUUAUGGACUAUUUUGAUAAACAAGAUUCCAAGAACAAAAGCCAUGAAAACUGCAAUCAAAAUAUGCACGAACCAUACCACAUAUCAAAAAAUAUUUUCCCGGAUAACUGGAAAGUCCCUCAAGAUGGCGAUUUUGAUUUUCUGAAAAAUCUAAGUUUGGAAGAGCUGCAGAUGAGGUUAAAAGCUUUGGAUCCUAUGAUGGAACGAGAAAUCGAAGAACUUCGUCAAAGAUACACGGCUAAGAGGCAGCCAAUUCUGGAUGCUAUGGAUGCAAAAAAACGAAGACAGCAGAACUUCUAAUCUCAUCACUUCUGAAGUAAAGGUUAUCUGUCGAUAAGGACACUGGUAAAACUGUACAUAGAUCUGAGUUUUGAAAUGCAGCAGCCUUGAGCUUCACCAAAAGCUAAAGCGCUAGAACAGAGCACAUUGUAUAUUCUGCAUUCUGAAUGGAAAACCUGUCCUAUUGUUAAUGUUUUAAUACAGUAGAAACAUCACAUUCCACUUCCAGAUCCCUUUCCAGCUAAGAUACAGAAAUGCUGGAUGUUAUAUGAGGAGGAGGAGUAUUUGGUUCCCAGUAAUACUUAAAGCUAUCUCCAAAUUGCUCAGUACUACAGGGCCUUAAGUUGCAAUAUAUGUCCCCAUCGAAAACCCUAUUUAUUAUAUAUGCCUAGGUGAUCUUAUUUAUUUUUUGUGCUUCUGCCUUUUAACUAUAAAUAGGGCCUGAAGAUACUAGUGGCAGGUGGAAUCAACAAUGGAAUAAGUAAAAAUGUUUGUGCAUGGGCACACUCUAAUCAAAAAUCACAUUAAGUCCUGACUCUGGUAAAGAUUUUGGGCUCUGUUUAAUAGGCACUAUGCUUUACUGGGGACUUAGUAAUGCAUUAGCUGCAAUGCAAAAAUACUUGUCUGUGGACGGAGGGCACAUUGCACUGGAAAAUUCUGCUGAGCUUUCUCCAACAUCUUGCAUUUACAUCUGUGGGCUGGCACAGGAGAAGUUCCAGUAGGGCUUUUAUACUUGCUUCCACUUCUUCCAAGCAUUAUCUUACAAGAUGAGAGACAAGUGCCUCUACAGCUCUCUUUCUGCUCCCCCCACCCCCAGUCAUGCAGGAGAAACAGUCCCCAUGGUCCUUUUUGGAUCCCAUUUUUUUUACUGCAGCUGCCUUUCAUGUGUGUUUAGUUUCAGCAUCCCAUUUGACUCCCAUUUUUCAGUCAGUUGAUUUGUUUUGCUGCCUCCCCCCCAAACCCACUUGUUGAUUUAUUCUGCCCCAAACUAGCUAUUGUUAUGACGCCACUUUGAGAAACUCUUAAUUUAAAAGCCAAAGAAGAUGUUUCUGAUCCAUUGGCCACAAGCGUACACAGGAUCUCUCCCCCUCCUCAGCAGCAGUUCUUUCUGCCAAAUGCCAAACUCUCUUGAGUUUAAUGAAUAAUUUUAUAGGUUUGUGCUGCUGAAAAUGAAAUAGUCUAAUCUGGCAUAUCUUCCAAAAUAGUUGGAAUACGGCUGCAGAAGAAAUCUAAAAAGUGUAUGUGUGCUGGCAAGGUGGCCCCAUUCUUGACAGUGUUCAGGUGAUACUGGAGAAUACGAGUUGCCUGUGAUCAUUCAACAGCCUGUCCUCUCCAUAGUAACAGAUUUGUUACUCUCUUAGGUCCAACAGCUGUUUUUCAGAGCUCUCUUGAAAGCCACUGACACAGGGGAUUUUCUCUAGUAUGUUGCCAUAUUUUCCCAGCAUUUGAUUGGUGGAAAGUAUUGUAUUCCUGUCUGUAUGUCAAGCUGUGUCUUUUUGGUAGCAUGAUAACAUUCAAAGGUGUGCUGAGCUAGCUUCUCUUGCCUCUUCUGCUGACCACCCAUUAAUAUAGUAGUUCCCACAACACUUGAAAUCCGUGACAAUGAUUUGUAAACAGUAAGGAUUCUAAUGGGGUAGAUAUUUUUGCAUUGGAUUCUUCUGUGUAUCAUUAAACAUUCCAUCCUUCUUAAUACCUACUGCAACUGUUUUAUUCUGAGCACUCCAGCCUGGGAAACCAUGUGGCAUUUUCUGAAAAGCCUUAAACAAUCAAGAGAAAUUGUCAGCAUCAAAGGACCAUUCCUUUGUAUUCUGUCUCAAUAGAAUUUUGACUGUGUAGCUGUGUGCACACUAGAUGUGUUAUAUAACUGCAAGCUAAACAUUGUUGUUUUAAAAAACUUGCUGAAAGCUGUUACAGACCCUCACAUUGCUCUUCUGAAACAGGUGGAGAAAGUAGGGGGGUUUUCCCCCCUGAUCCAGUACUGUUUAUUUCAGGUAUGCCACUAUCUUUCUUCACACCAGAGCUGUAGUGAUGUACUGUGAAACUAUAGUUGGUCAUAUAGUUUUAAAUCAUCCUUUUAAGAUUUUGUGCUGCAUAAAGUUAUGACAUGGCUUAUGGAACCUUCCUAAAGAUAAGCUUAUAACAAUCUACAGUGCAAAAAGAAUCAUGCGGAUAGUAUUAUUGGUGAUAUGCCCCCCUCCAUCCACUUCAUUCUGUUGAAACUCAAAGAUGACCAUCACAACAGGUAGAGUUGUCUGUUUAGCUCUACAGCAAGAGAGUUCGUUGUUACACCUCCAGGCUUGAUGCAAAGGCUGUGCCAGACUUAGAAGCUGUGAGCCUUCGGGUCCUUAGGACUAGUUGCAGUCUUGCCUGAGAAUGCUCUUCGCUGUACUAAAGUAGCCCUAAUUAUCAUUGCUACUAUAGUUCAUGAGGCACGACCAGAACCCUGUACUAAUACAAAGGGACCAGGGAAUUACGUACACUCUGUCCCUCACAAUGCUAUACAGAGCCUUAAUCACGCAAUGACACUUUAAUAUCAAGAGUGGCUCCCUCAGUUCUUCAGAACAGCACCAAAGUCUUAAUGAGAUUUUAAAACACACACACUAUUUCUAAGCCACGCCAUUUCCUAUUCUGUAAAAACUUAAAGCCAAAAAAAAAAUCUAGUGUGGACAUCGGCCUUGCUAUUCCCUGGUGUGCCUUAUGUAUGAUUGACUUGGAUCAAUCACACGUUCUCUGACUUCCUUUCUUGGUAUAGUUUUGUAACCAUCACAAACCAGAAGGGGUAAUAACAAAGAGCCAGUGGUCAGCCUGAAAACAUUUAUGAAGCUUCAUCUUUGUUUAGAUACUAACAGCACAAUCCUAAGGACACUUUCCUGGGAGUAAGCCCUAUUGAAUAAGACCAUAGUAGAAUUCAAAGUAGACCUGCUUAGGAUUGCUGUCUUAGGGUCACAACUGAGUUUCUGACUUGGAUUUUAAAAAUUUCUUAUGUACAGUAAUACAGAGAAAAAUUAACUACAGCAGUGGUACACAAAUAACUGCAUACUAUUUAAAAUGUUAUAUAUCCAACACUUUCCCCAACUGAUACACGACUAGACAUUUUGGGAACCAAAUGCAGUAAUCUUAAAAUACUCAUGAUCAUUAUUAAAUCAGGCAACAAAUUGUAUACUAGUGAAAUUUAGGGACAAAAUUUACAGACAAUUAGUCUUUUUUAUUAUUCUUUGAUAUUUAUUUAUAUUUACUGAAACCUAUACUAUUUGUGUCCAUAACCACUUUUUAUCUCCACUGAAAGAUGUGCAUCUUUUGUAAAGUAUUUAUUUUACUAAAAACUUGCAAUAAAGCCAGUGGAGCUGAUUAUUAACUAUUGUGAAAUUUUAACCCAACUUGAUUUAUGGUUGUUCCCUGUCCUGUAUAUAAAUGUUUUAAGUAUAGUUUGCAAAAAACUCUCAAAAUAAUUGUUUGUUACCAAACAUUUUGAAUAAAACUUAUUUUCCAUCUA